GAAAACUGUUGAAGACACCAGCAAAUCGCAAACAACCGCAGCGAGACAGCCGACAAGACAGCAAGAAGCAACAACAGCAAGCAAGUCAUGGAGACGAAGGUUGCGCUUGGGGAAGAGGUGGCGGGGUACACACUGGUGGUGCCCAGUGUGAGCAUUGGAAACACGGCACAGCUUGCUGUGGACUUGCUGACAGAGACGUUUGAGUACCAGGUGGAGACACAGGCCAGACACAACGCCGUCCUUCCGUUUGCGGGACCAAAGGACGAGGGUGCAUCCAACGCCAUCGUCACGGAAAUGCAAGUUCAUGUGUCGCACACGCACAAGUUGGUGGUGCUGCAGAUUCGAUCGGCGAUUGCGCGCCAACGAAGAGAAGAGUUUGUGCAAGAUCUGUUCAAGUGGAUUCAGAGCAAGUCAUUCGGGCGCACGCUGCUCCUCACCAGCACGGAUGCCAUGCACCGCAUCGACAGCCAGCUUGAAGGGAGCCCGCUGCGUGCGCUGAGCACCACUGAUGACUCGUCCACAUAUGCGCCAUUGAAGACACUGGAGCUGCACACGGACAGCGCGCUUCCCAACAGCGUGUUCCUUCCCGGCGGCGGCUUUGCACGGCAGCUGUUCCUCAACGCCCUCGAGGUCGAUCUUCCCAUGACGCUGGUGUCCAUCUUCACGGGCCCCGGCGACAACACCAUGCAGGCCCACAUGCUCGGUUUGCGCGUGCCAUCAUCGUGGAAGCUUCUCUUCGGCCGCGGGUUCGGGCCAGGCCUCUUCUGA